GCCAAUGGCGGAGCCAGAAAUUUCAUUAAGGGGAUUCAACUUUAAUAAAAAUAGGUUAUAUCAAGCUUCUGUUUCAAGUCAAGGAAAUUCAAACCUUGUAUUUAUCAUGCAUUUUAUUAUUUUUGGAUUAUAAUAUACAUGUAUAAUAAGUAAAAUUUUGGAGCAAGGAAUAUCAUAUGAACCCCCUUGCUUGAAUGUGGCUCCACCACUGUUGUUGUAUAUGCCUCUUACAAUGGCCUAUUACAUGCCUUUUACAAUUAUGGCCCAUUUUGCUUCCCAUAUUAAAAUUUGCUCUCAUAAUAUCUCUGUGUUCAUUUUCAGAUUUCCAAGACAGAAAAUGAGCAGGGAAGGAGAUUGGAUGUGUGCUGCAUGCCAUCACCAAAAUUUCAAGAAACGGGAUGCAUGUCAACGAUGUAGCUGCCCUAAAUAUGCAACAAUGGCUGAUGUUUCCAUGUAUGGUCUAAACACAACAGAAGUUCUAGCUGGAGACUGGUACUGCAGUGCCAUGAACUGCGGUUCUCACAACUACGCAAGCAGAACAAGCUGCUAUAGAUGCGGUGCCUUAAAAAGCGGUAAUUAUAUGGCAUUGACAGGUUAUGGAUAUGAUGCAAGUGCUCGUCCUGGUUGGAAGAGCGGUGAUUGGAUUUGCAGCAGAUUAGGAUGUGGUAUGCACAACUAUGCCAGUAGAGCAGAAUGUUAUAAAUGCAAGACAACUAGAGAUUUUGGAGGUGACCUGAGAGAAAGUGAAUUUUAUUGAGGGACGCGGCGACAUUAAGUUUUUAUUGAAGUUUUACCAGAACUCAUAACCUGCUUCUUCUGUUUUAUUCCUUUCACUCUUCCUUUUCUUUUUUCUUUAGAUUAAUUCUCAAGGAAGGGUUAGAAUCUAACUGGAUUGCAACUGCAAGUGUUCUAAUGAAUGAAAUCCCUUCAGAUUUUGCAUUCUUUACGUCUUUCAAGUUUCAACAACUGCUUUUCUCAGGGUAGUCCAGUCAAUAAUAUUAUGUAAACUUAACAAUCAAUCAAAGCUGUUUAGGCCUAAUGAGAUAUGCAAAGGCUUAUGUAUCCCUUCGGACCACUAUUUAGGUUGAU